AGCGGGGGCUAAGCCAGGAGGCCUCCCCCGUUUGCGGCAGACCCCAGCCGGCGGCGCGAACGAGCAUCACGCGCCAGGAUGAGCGGUUUGCCCCCCGCCCUCAGGAGGGAGGAGACCUUCCCGCCCUCUCCCCUAUCACGUGGGAAAACAAAUACUGCGGCCGCUGCCCUGCCCCUGUGGCUCGGCGAGGCGGAGUCCGGGCGGCACCAUGAAGAUGCAUUUCAGCAUCCCCGUCUCGGAGCAGCUGCUGGAGAAGUUCGGGGGCCGCUACGUGCUGUACUCUGUGUACUUGGAAGGCUUCCUCUUCUGCAAGGUGCGCUACAGCCAGCUACACUACUGGAAUGAUCAGCUAAGACGGAUCUUUGGGAGUACCGUGCCUGCUUUCCCUCCAAAGUUCUAUCUUGCAAUGACCAAGUCCAUGGCUGAGGAGAGGAGGUCUCAGCUUGAGCAAUAUCUACAAAGUGUAACUGUAGAUCCAAGUAUUACAAACAGUGAUGUCUUCAUCAGUUUUUUUAGAAAAUUACAACAGGAUACAUUUCAGAUCCAGACACAGAGAGCCUCUCUGGAUGUUUACCUGGCUGAUGGAAGGAAUGUUAGACUUGAUAUCCAGACAUCGGACACUGCCGAAAGAGUGUUAGAGGUUGUCUCAUACAAGAUGGGGCUGUCAAGAGAAUUAAUAGGAUAUUUUAGCUUAUUUUUUAUUCAAGAUCACAGCAAUGGAGUUCUCUCUGUGGUGAAAAAAGUGGCAGAAUUUGAACUUCCCUACGUGAGUCUUCAGAGUAUGAAAGAGUCAGACUGUAAGAUUGGGAUCAGAAAAUGGUAUAUGGAUCCCUCUCUUGAUAAAAUGUUAAUGGACUGCGGCGCUUCAGUGAAUUUACUCUAUAUGCAGGCACUGCAGGAAAUUGAGAAGAAUUGGGUCAAACCCACAGAUGGACAGAUGCGGAAACUGGAAUCGCUACAAAAAGCGGCAAACAAAAUGAAGGUUCUAGAGCUGGUUCAGGAAGUGCAGCACUAUGGAUAUAUACAGCUUGAUCCCUGCACCUGUGACUAUCCAGAAAUAGGCUGUUCUGCUGCUGUUCAUGUAGGAAAUAAUGAGAUUAGCUGCUCCAUAAAGUUACCUAGUAACCAGACCAAAGAGGUCAGCUUCAAGAUCAACAGAGUGAGGUCCUGGCAGGUCACUUUUCUAGGCGCCAUUACACAGCCAAAAGACCAAGGACAUGAGCAGACCCUAGAGCUCAGGUUUGAGUACAAUGAUUCGGACUCAUGGAGAUGGAUCGUCUUUUACACAAAACAGGCAUUUCUACUGAGUAGCUGCUUAAAAAAGAUAAUAUCAGAACAGCUGAUGAAGACAACCAAAGAAAUGCAGAUUGAGAUGCCUGAAUCCCUGAAGAGUGAAAAAUCCAGCGUCCAACAAAGUCAGAUAGCUCACUCUGGUUUUAUACCAAGAAAAAGGAUUUUGGUUAAACCAAAUAAAGAGGAUGGUGUUUUUGACAAGAUAAGAGAGGAAGAUCUGUGAUAGAUUAUUUAGAACUGCCUAUAAAAAUAUGUUGCAAAGUAUCAAUUAAAUUAAAAUAGUCUUCAAUUUAACAAUACCUUAUACAUUUUUCUAAUUCCUUGACAAUUAUAACAUUCUUGAUCUUGUAGUUUUAAGAUCCAGUUAACCACUCCCUGGAGUUGGAACUUGCUACAAAUUUGAAGAAAAAG